GCGUCGUGUUAUCUGUGGCGGCCGGAAGUUGAUCGGUUUGGGUGUGGAGGUAAACGCACUGGUCAGUUUUUCACCGAAUACGUUGUCUGCGAUGUCUCGACCCAGAAGAGCGGACAAGAUGGACUCUCUGGUGGGCUUCAGGAAGGACGAGCCGGAGCCCAGCGUCCCCUACGGUCUGCUGAAGGCAGCGAGGGCGAGUGGUCAGCUCAACCUGUGCGGCCGAGGGCUCACUGAAGUCCCUCAGAACGUGUACCGUCUAAACAUUGACACACCAGAGGAGGCGCAGCAGAACGUCGGUUUCGGAGCAUCAGACCGCUGGUGGGAACAGACUGACCUCACCAAACUUCUGCUCUCAUCCAAUAAGCUCACACAGCUAUCGGAUGACAUUCGACUACUACCUGGACUCACUACACUGGAUCUCCAUGACAACCAGCUGAGCAAUUUACCGAGCGCUCUUGGAGAACUGCAGGAGCUGCAGCAGCUGAGACUCAGUCAUAACCAGCUGACAGUCCUGCUGGUUGAGGUGUGUACUCUGAAGAACCUCAGUAGCCUCACAUUGCAGGGGAACCUGCUGGAGAACCUUCCAGAGGAACUGGGGCAACUGGAGAACCUGACUGAGCUGGACCUCUCCAACAACCAACUGAAGGAGCUGCCGUCCAGCCUGGGUCGUCUCACCUGCCUGCAGAAACUGAACCUGUGUAACAACAAGCUCAGCUGUCUGCCCCACAAUCUGGCCAGGCUCUCAAGUUUAAAACUGUUGGACUGCAGCAAAAACCAGCUGACCGACAUCCCUGCCAGCCUAUCAGAAAUGCUCGCCCUGGAGCAGCUCUACCUCCGACACAACAAGCUCUGCUUCUUACCAAAGCUCCCUGCACCUGCGCUCAAGGAGUUGUAUGUUGGGAACAAUCAGAUCGAGCAUUUGGAGACCGAUCAGCUGGCCUGCCUGGCGGCCAUCUCUCUUCUGGAACUCCGAGACAACAAGAUCAAAACCCUCCCUGACCAGAUCACCUUACUGAGCACGCUCACACGCCUCGACCUCACCAACAAUGACAUCAUCACUCUUCCAGCGUCACUCAGCCUACUGCCCAAUCUGAAGGUGUUACUGUUGGAAGGAAACCCUCUGCGAGGAAUCAGGAGAGACCUUCUCACUAAAGGAACCAAUGAGCUUCUGAAUUAUUUAAGAGGAAGAAUUAAAGAUGAACCUGAGACACCAGAUGACGGACAAACUGCUAUGACGUUACCCAGCCAGGCUAGCGUCAAUGUACAUAACAUCAAAACUCUCAAGGUAUUGGUAUACAGUGAGAAGCAGGCAGCUGUUAUUCCAGAUGAGCUGUUUGAUGCUGCAGCAGAACAAGGUGUUUCCACUGUUAACUUCAGCAAGAACCAGCUGACCUCCAUGCCUCCCAGACUGGUGGAGUUCCACUCGUCACUCUCGGAUAUCAAUCUGGGUUUCAACAGACUGACCUGCUGUCCUCCUGACAUCUGCAAGUUACUGCAGCUGACACACAUCGACCUCAGGAACAAUCAGCUCAGUGAUUUAGCACCUGAUAUGAAGAACUUAACUAAACUACGCUCCAUUAUCCUCAAUUACAACAGGUUCAAGUCCUUCCCUGAAGUCCUCUAUCAGAUUGCAUCCUUGGAGACAGUGUUGCUUGGUAACAACCAGGUGGGUGGGGUGGACCCUAGUCGCCUGAUGAAGUUGGUUAAUCUGUCAACACUGGAUCUGUCAAACAAUGACCUGCUUAACAUCCCCCCUGAACUGGGCCUCUGCUCCAGCCUCAGGUGUCUCAGUCUGGAUGGGAAUCCUUUCCGCACACCCAGAGCAGCCAUCGUGGCCAAAGGCACGGAUGCAGUGUUGGAGUAUCUCUGCAGCCGCAUACCUACGUGAGCCCUGAGCUCAGACCGCUCCACCACCGACAGCAACACAGACCUGUAUUGGACUUGAAGAUUCUCUCCUUUGUCAAUCAAUUUCAAUCAGUUUUGAUUUUUAAUUGUUUCAACCAACAAUCUGAUUGCUCUUUAUGUAAUUCAGUCCAAAAAGUAAACAUGACCAAAGGCACUUCUCUAAUAAAAUUGUUGCUAAGAAUUAUGAGUGGUGUGAAUUUUAUAACAGUGUAGUAGCAACCGUUGAUGGGCCAGUGGCAGCUCUUUAAGAGGCACAGGGCCAUUCAAAUAGAACAGCAGCUGUAAGCUUCAAUAAUGUUUUACUCAGCUAAUUAACAGUCAGCUAACUGUUGCCCGGUUGCUUCAGGACGAGCUGUGGAUCAUAUCCUUUUGUGGUGAGACAUCACAUCUUUACUGACAAGCGAUACUGUCUUUAUCUUUGAUUUAUCCCCAUCUGUAGACAGAAACCGUAUCAACUUUCUAAGAGCUCACAGCCAAACCUGCCAUUCUUUGUUCCAUUGUUUUAAUGCCAAUCACGAUGUGAGCUGAGGAGACUCCAAUAGAAAAGGAUCUCAUCCAUCACAAGACAAAUUCCACUCUCACCUCUUCUAUAGUUUGUCUUCCAUCUUUCCAUCACUUGACCUAGACCAAGAUGUAUUACAUGCUCUUUGUCUGUAAAUAUGUUCCUUCAUAUCUAAAGCUAUUAUAACUCUGUGACAAUUACCACCCAGAAGAUGAGGUCAGUUAAGAAACAAGUUGUUGUACUUUUCCCUGUUUUAUAUUUAUGCUUAUACACAAACAUGCCACAUCCAAUUCCUUUUAUGUAUAAGACUACUUGGCAAUAAACCCUGAUUCUGAAAUAGUGUCAGCACCAUCCUGCACAGGAUAAGCAUGUGUAGUUGACAAUAUAGAGAAAAUAGGCAAACGAGCAAUGGUGACAUCACUUACAGAGCUGUCAGCAAUAAAAACGUUUGGUGUAAACCAAACUUUUGAUUCAGCUUUUCUUCCAGCCUGAGUUGACAAAAAUAAACAGACCUUACCUGUGGUGUAAGAACACAAAGGACUCACAGCAGCGAAUGAAACUUGACACCUGAUUUCCCAACAGCCUGUUCACAUCAGACAUAACUGUGGCCACUUGCAUUGUUUAUAUUGUAAUGUCACAAUUUAUGAAUUGUGUGUUUUUAUACCUCUGUGCAGGUGACAGCCUGUGGCCAGAGUUACUAUGUUUUCAUGGUGUCUGUCUGUCUUUCCCUUUCCCAUAAAUGCAAUAUUUCAA